CGUUUGCCCUCCAGUCGGAUAUCUACUUCUUAUCAUCUUUCGUCAAUGUAAACAACUAGUUGAUGUCAAAGAGAUGUAAGUAAGGCGACUGAUUCACACAGAUCGUGCACGGAUGUCUGUGCUACCGUAGGUAUCUGUGGACAACAAAUUUGUUUGCGUUGACGCGCGAAGAAUGUCGCAGGCGGUGAUAAAAACGCGUCGUAGAAGAAUGUGCUGAUUAAUCGUUACGUUAUCGAGACGAUCGUAUCGUUGAGAGAUUCUGCAUUAGAAUUAUAUAAAGGAAGAUAUCGCGUACGCACGGUCUGUACAGCCGCAAUUGGCGGAAUAUCGUAUUGUUCCGCCGAAGAGAAUCAAUCGCGGGAACCCAAAGACAACUCUCUCGGGUACUCCCCGCAUUUCACGCAGGGGAAUAUCAUGCGAGCAACAGAUCGGUCGAAAAUCAAAUUGUAACCAGAAUUGUAACGCCAGAAUGGCCGCGUCGGAAAACGACGCGGAGUUCGUGCGAAAGGCGUUUCUCAAGCUGACCAAAGAAUUCAUCCGCCGUGGGGCCGCGACGCACGAUUUGAAAUUUGUCGCGUUGAACGCGAGCGAAAGCGCGAAGAAGCGCGCUCUCGCGAUUCCGCGACGCGCGCACCGGAAGGGAGUCCUGGCGGUAUUACUGGCGUCGUUCCUCUACAGCUUGCUCUGCAACGGAUAUUUGCGAUUUGCGAAUGUUACGACGCUGACGAGUCCGCUGAGGAGCCUCCAAGAGACCCGAUGCCUGUUGCCGAACAAUUACCUCGUGUGGGAAUUUACGAGGCCGGUGUCGAACUGCGACUACUGCCGCGACGUCGACGCGCCGUUGAUCCUGCGGAAUUUGACUCGGGAGGAAUUUCGCGCUUACUCCUACUCGUCGCGGCCCAUGAUAAUCAAGAACGUGAGCUACAAUUGGCCAGCGCGCGAACGGUUCAACCUGCGAUUCUUCCGGGAUCUGUACGAGCGCACCGAGGGUGCUUACGAAUCGGUGGAGGAGGAGUGCCAGUUCCUGCGUUUCAAGAGCAACUUCGCGAACCUGCGCGAGGUGUUCGCGAUGAGCGAACGGCGCGCAUCGCUCCGCGACGGCGAGAACGCCUGGUACGUCGGCUGGAAGAACUGCCAUCCGCGGAUCUUGGACGCGAUGAAACCUUUUUACAGCGUACCCCCCUUCCUGCCGGAGGACGCGGAGAUACCGUACAGCAAUUACAUCUUCUUGGGCUACGAGGAGGGUGCCGUUAUGCACCUGGAUUACAUCUCGCGGCUCAUGUGGCAGGCUCAAGUGAUCGGUAGCAAAACGUGGAUCGUGGCUCCCACGCCGGAAUGCGACAGCGAGUGCAAAUCUUUCGAAUUCUCCGUCGACACGGCGGACAUUGUGUUGCUGGACACGCGAAUCUGGUACCACAGCACUUACGUCGAGAAUGGCGAGUUCAGUCUGACGAUCACCUCGGAAUAUGGAUAGACUUUUAAUCGCGUCUUUUUAAAUUCGCCUAAGAUCGGGUAUCGGGGACUGAAGAUUAUGCGUAUCGAUGAUUGAGAUUUGACCAAUCGUGACGAAGCGAGCCAAAGUCCAAAUUAAUUGAUUCGUCAAAUUCUGACUUUUAAUUCGCAAUCUUCAGUCUCUGACACCUACUCUGAUGAGGGCUGCUCGGACGAGGUUCCACAAGCUCUCCUUUUUAUCCGUCCGCAAGUAUCAGGGAAUCCGCAUGUCCACGUACAAUGUAUAAACGUCGUUUCCUAUCCGUGAACAUGGGAAUUUUGUUGAAAUUCCGCUUGCCUGCGUUUCAUCGGUCUCAAUAAUUCUUUGAUCUACUUUUUUUUUUCUCCACGCGUUAUCAUCUGGAUGAGAAAAACUGUUGCAACGAAAGAAUCAAUUAAGUGUAUAUAUUAUUAAGAAUGAAGCUAGCUGUCGAGAGAACGUCCAGAAUUCUUAACAUGCAAACUAUCUCUCGUUAAAUUGUAUAUAGAUCGUUCAAAGGAAGAUUUACAUUGAUCCCCACUUUUUAUACUCGCGCUAUGUAUCGUAUAUUUUCUUUUUUGUAUUUUUGAAUAAAGAAUUGAAAAAAACAUGUUAUGUAUAACUUUCUGCCGAAUAUGUGUGUGUGUGUGUGUGUAGAUGUGUGUAUAUAGUCGGUACGUGAAUUGAUCCCUCACGCGUGUUUACAUGUGUGUAAACUUUUAUUACAUA